AUGGUGGAUUUGCAUCACAGUGAUGAUGAUGCUUGGGUUGAUCUGGGCCCUGAGAUCUCCCCUGCCCCUCAAAAGCCAGUUGUUGGUAACAAAAGAAAAGCUCAGCGGACAUGUCCUCAGAUGUCCAAGAACCAGCCCAAGCCCAAAACCCAAAAGCGCAAGCUGCCUUCUGCAAGUGCAGAGCUAGAGCUGCCAUCUGAUGAUGAUGGUCUAGUCCUUGACCUGCCAGGGCGGGCUCCAGUGGUUAAGGACACUGAACAUCAGGUAUGUGAUUGCGAGGACUCUUCAUUGAAGGCUGCUGCAUCCCGUGUUGCAUCAGUGGUUGACAACAAGUACAUAGACCUCUUAGACAUCCUGAAAGGCCAAGUUCCUUGUGCUGUGGAGAUGCGAUGCCACCUUUGGGAGAUCUUUUCUGUACCAAGGUGCACCCCCAGAGUUCGUGAAUUGGGUGGCCGUGCACGCCGGAGCUAUGAUAUCAAGCAUUAUUGGGACCUAUCAGCAGAAAGUUUCCAGCGCACAACCAUGCAGGAUGUGUUGCUCCUUAAACCUUUGUGCUUGUUCAUGAGUCCACCAUGCACAAUGGUGUGCAGCAUGCAGCACAGUAACUGGCGCCGGAUCAAGCACAAGGACAAGUUCAUGUGCUUGAAAGAAGCGCUUGACUUCAUUGACUUCUGCGCUUGGCUGGCCUUGCUCCAGCUGACCAUGGGCUUGUUCUUUGCUUUGGAGCACCCGGAGAAAUCCUUAGCGUGGGAUCGGGCUUCGGUGCAGAACCUUACCAAGAAGGAUGGUGUGAAGAAGGUCACCUUUGACCAGUGCAUGUUUGAUCUCCGGGCUCCCUCAGGGAAGUUCCUGCGGAAGAGAACAUGUCUACUUACAAACAGCAAUGCCAUUGUCAUGGCCUUUGACAAAAAGUUCUGUGGUGGCCAUCAGGAGCACCAACGGGUGGAAGGCUCAGAAUGUGGCCAGAAGAGGUCUCUACUUGCACAGGUGUACCCAGGGCCAAUGGUGGAUGCCAUAGCUCAUGCUGUGCUGCUAGAAGGCAGCAGAGACAAGGAGCGCAAUCUGGAUGCUGUGAUGUCUGGUUCACCUAAAGGAGAUGAAUCCACAACAGCAGCUGGAAGUGACAUGCUGUCCGAUUCAACCUUGCCUUUGGACUCGGUGUUUGAGACCCUGUAUGACUCAGUGCGCAAAGAAAUUGAAAGUGCUGGAGGACCACGCCAGUACUUGCAUGCUGAAUUCCCUGUCCGCAGUGAGAGGGCAAAGGGCAUUGCCAAGGUAAUGGAGGUGGCACUGGGGAUGUGUGAAGACGUUGACUAUGCUACAGACUACCCUUUGCCAGUAUGCUUCUCUGGAGCAGAAGAUGAACAAGCACCGUUCUUUCUUCCAUUGGGGGCUUUCUCAGCUGAAGCAGAGAGCUCACUCAGGGAGCCACCAUCCCUUGAUGUUGCAAUCAAACUCAUCAACAACUUCCACAAGCAUGGAUUUCAAACUACAGGUGUCCCUAUUCUGAUUCGGCUGGAGACAGCGAGCCUUCCAGACAGUGGUGAGAUUGAGCCCGGCUCCAUUUACUUCCUGAAGGGUGCUGCCAGGAUCCAAACAGCCAUGGCUGUGGUUGUGGCUUUGCGCAGGAUGGGUCAUGAGGUGCCAUUGAUUCUGAAGAAGUCUCUCCAACGCAUCAAGUGCAAGCACAUCAGGCUCAGAGACCGUCAAGCUGAACUGUUCUACAACAUGAAGAAGAGUUCCUCUGAUGCGAUCCGGCGUGCGCCAAGUGCAAUCUCAUGGGUAUUUAGCUUGGUCAACCUGUCAGCGUGGGGCCAUUCUGAUUCCCAGUCCCUCAUCAAGGCAUGGAACGAUGAUGCUGCAAAACAUGACCGCAUUGCUGGCUACAAGUACCAGGCUGUUAAGACCAUCCUAGAGCUCCCUGAAGCUGCUAGGAACAUAAUCCUUGGCACAGUCAGCCUGUAUGGUUGGGAGGGUUGCCCCUACACGGAUGAUGCACUGGGAUCGAAAAAGCUUCUGGUUGGCUACAACUCCAAAUCUGGCAAGCUCUCCAGAACAUCCCCCUGGACAACAAGAUUGAAGAACACCAAGGAGUCUGUGGUUCUUCUCUUCAGGAUGGUCCACAAUCAGUACACCAACAUGCCACCCAAUCACAGGAAAAAGUUGACCAAGAGCCAGCUAGAAGAGAAGGCUGAGAUUACUGCCCUUGCCUGUUCUAUUGUGGAUGAGCUCACGUCCCAGGUUCCCAAUGUUGCCCCGGUCCUUGAGGAGAAGUUCUUGGAGCGGCUCCGGCGUGGAGACCCCGGUCUUGAGAUGGAGCUCGGAUCGGCCUGCUCUGCAAAAGAUGACAAGUGGGGGCCACGCGACAACGGGUGUAUUCUGGAGAUAUUGAAUGGGCUGACUGCUGGGAAAGGUGAGGCGAUCACUGGUUCAAGUGAGGCUGCUCUCUUCAAGUCUGCCACUGACCUCGAUGCAGCUAGCUACAUGCUGGCCUUAGAGGAAAUUGCAUAUGAUGAGCGAUGCCUCCAGGUGUACUUGGGUAAAAUGAGCAACCAUGAGGUCCGCAUCACCCAGUUGAAGGAGCAAUGGAACCGGAAGAGGCAAGAAGGAGCCAAGGAGGCUGUCCACAAGUGGGUGGACCAACAUGUGGAUGCAAACACAUGGCCUUCCAAGUUUGAUGCUGGGACAGCUUUGAGCAUGAUGCGGAGCAUUGAGGAGGCUGCAUCCAGGUGGCGAGAUUCAAUGAAGUGCCGGAACAUUGCCCUGCUCUUCAUUUGCAACUAUGCAUCUCCCAGUCUCAUCAAGAGUGACAUCACUGCUGCCACCUUCAGCAUGGUUGGCCACAUGCUUGGCUCAGAGUUUGGUCCACAAGCAUGUGGGCUGCUGCUAUGCCCGGUCUACUCAUACCAGAAACAUCAUUUGUUUCUUGAAGAGCAUGCUUUGCUCAAGAUGCUGAGCAACAAUUCGUGUUCUGUGGAUACCCUCUUCCAGCUCAAUUUUGACAUCAAGUCCAAGACAGACCAAAGAGAUCAGCGUCCUAUGGCAUACAAUGGCCGGUUUCUUGCUCCAGCCAACGCAGGAAGCGAUUGGGCUUGGCGUGAGUCUACCCUCUUUAAGCUUCGUCGCAACACGAAUGAGGCUUUGCAGCUGGCAAGCAAGCAAAUGGUGAUUCAGGAAGACAUGAACCCGAAGGCCCUUCCUAGCACAGAUGCUGGAACUUUACAUGGCGCCCAAAAGUAUGCCCAGAUUGGCUCUGAUGCAGCCCGGAAGCUGUUGUCAUCUGCGCUGGAGGGUGUGAACUUUGGGAAUCACACAUCCCUUCUUGUGGUGGACACAACGCCGCUGGUUGGAAACUUCUUUGAGGCCUACCUGGAGGUGUCCAAAGAUACCAACGUGCCCAUGAAGUAUGUUCCACUUUUUGCAGAUGAUGGGCAUCAGGAAUGGUUUUCUGGCUAUUUUCACCAAGAGCUGACCAAGCGCUUCCUGCAGGACUCUUUGAAAAUCCCUGGCUUCCCUCUCAACCCCCCUGCGGAGCACAUGGAAUCCAAGCCGGAGCCUCCUGCCUUGAAGCGGUGCUUGUGGGGCAAGGUGAAGAAUGAGAUCCGCACCAUUGAGCUCCCUGAGGAUGAGGUCAAGAAGUGGUGGAGCAAAGAUGAAUGGAAGUGCUUUGUCCAAGAGUUCCAGGAGCGGCACCCUCCAGUGAAGCAGCUUGAGAAAGAGGCCCCCAAGGCUUCUGAUUCAGUUUCUGCAGCUGUGCCUGUCAAGCGCAAAUUGGAGGUGGACAUCUCCAAGCACUUGCGGGAUGGAGGGAGUGCACCUGGCGGAGUCAAGGUGGCACAGGUGCAGAUCAUCAAUGCCAGGUUUCCAGCUGAUGUGAAGAGCCAGGACCUUCCAACUCUUGUGGUUUCUGAUGGCGGGCCAUAUGUGGAGAAUGCCACUGAGCACCCGGUGACCUUUCCUGCUGGUUCCAUCCUGGCUGGGUGGGGCAAGGGCAAGUUCCGUGAUGGCAGCGAACAGAAGUGCAAAGACAAUGAACUUGAGUUUACCUGUGGUGCUGAGACAUAUGGCAUGAUGGACAACAAACUGAACCUCCUCACCGACUUGCUGACUGCAGAGCAGAAGGUAAAGUCGCAACACCCGAAGCUUUGCUAUCACACGAUCAAGCAGGAUCCAUCUGGUGGAUGGGAAUUUCUACAGGACCAUACAGUAAUCUUCCAACCGUUGCCUGAAGACAAGGAAACGCGGGUGGCCCAAGCACAGGUGGCAAAACAAGCCCUUGUGAAUGCUUGGAAAAGCAGUUGCACAUGCAUUGCGUGGCACUUGCGGCCAAGCCAGAAAGGCCUACAACCGAUUAGGCCUGUAGUGGUGUGGACUCAGGAUGUCACCCUUGAACCAGGGAAGAUCCUAGUCCUUGAGGGCUGA